UUUGUAAAGGAAAAAGAUGUUCUGUUGUGUUGUGUUCAGUGUUAUGCAACACGUCCAAGGAAGUAUUUUUUUCUGUAGGUACACUUCGAAUCCGUCAACAAAGCAAACCAGCAUCCGUUACAAACAACUCUUUUUCCCAGGUGACGCACUUCCUGUGACAUGUAUUUGCUUUAGUACUUGCGGAAGGAUAAUUGGUUAUGUUAACACUCCGAGGCUUUUCGGGUGCUAUAUAUUCUACCGUGGUCAUGCCUGAUGUGAGUGUCGCCAAGAGGAUCACAAAGGAAAGUGUUUGCCAUAACUGUAUAUAACUUCUUGGUGGUUCAAGAAGCUAAACGUUUGCCACUGUCUAGUUUUGAUCUAUUUUUGGUCUACUUUUUUUAACAAUUCCCGACUCUACGCAAAUGGCUCUAAUUGCAUCAUCAACUCUCAGCCCAUUGAACGUCACGUUGCAGCAGCCAGUCAAUGGCUCUACUAACGCCUCGCAAGUCUGGUCUCCAUUAGGCCCAUUGUCAGAGCUGAUCACUUGGUGCGGCAUGUAUGCCUUGGUCGCUAUCAUCACCGCCAUCGGGAACGGUCUAACACUGGCAGUAUUUUACAUGCAACGUGACAAACCGGGCAUACGCAAAUGUCAUAACAACAAGUUUCUGUGCAGCCUUGCAGUCGCUGACCUGUUUGUGGGCGCAUUGUGUGUUCCCAUGUACGUGACUCAGCUAAUCUCAUCCUGGGGGCCUGGGCAUCUAGAGACCAGUGUGCUCUCAAAUCAAAUUUUUCUCACGAUGGACGUGUUUUGCGGGAUGGCGUCUGUUUUCACGCUGUGUGUAAUAGCUCUUGAUCGUUUCUUCUCUGUCUACGCGCCCCACGCUCAUCGCAUGGCGUCCGCUACAGUCUACUUGACGGCAUUGUGCUCUCCGUGGCUGCUAUCCUCUUUCCUAGCUCUGUUUUUUUUCCUGAGUCUAUUGGGCUAUCUGCCGUUCAAGUACGUGUACAACGCGGUCUCUCUGUCCCUGUUCACGGCCCUGUGUGUCAUGUCUGCUGCCUAUGCAGGGACCGGGACCUCACUUCGACGUAGCGCCGCGAAGGCGGGACGGCAGUCUGCAAGGUCAGCGGCCAACCGACGAAAGCAAGUCAAGUUCACCAAGUUGACGCUGAUUGUGACGCUGACGUUCCUUGUCAGCUGGUGUCCUUUUCAGAUCCUCAACAUCGUCUUUUACGUCUGCACGAUACGUGGAAUGUUCUGCACGCCUGUGAUCAGCGCGUCAGCGGUGCAAAGUGUGAAGCUACUGCAGUACGCUAGUUCCAUGGCGAAUCCCGCUAUCUACUCCUUCAAGAUCCCCGAGUUCAGGGGAGUGAUCAAAGAGAAAACCUCUUUACUAAGAGCGCGUGGCUCGACGCGUGCACUUAAGAUGAAUCAAAGAAGAGAUGGGAUCGAGCUGACUGUGGAAAGUUAGAGAGUGAGGGAAGUGUGCGCGCACUAGUACCUGAUCUCUCGGUUCUUUACCAUCAUUACCCUUUCUUGCUUGCUUGCUUACUUAUUGACUUACUUAUUUACUUACGUAUUCACAAGCCAUAUUUCGAGUAAUUAGGCCAGUGUACUUUUUUAUUCCAAUCACAUUUCUAGAACAAAACUUAGCACUUACACAUCUGUUGUAAGCUUAAUCAUGAUGUUCUUCUGAUUGAUGAGAAAAAUGUUCUUGAUCUUGUACGAGUAGCGAUGACAACUUCGGCACGGUUAACUGUGAGACGAACAAACAAAUUAAUUAGGAAAGAAACAAGCUCCCCUCUUGAAAUCAUUGCUGCUUUUACGGAAUGACAAUAUACAGUCUAUUACUAUUACAAUUACUAUUCUGUGGAAGUUCAAUUUAUGAACAUA